UCACGGUGCGGCCGCAGCCUCAGCUCGAUUGCCAGGGCGCCCAAGGAGCCAUGCAGCGCAGCCCCCGGUUGCCCGCCCUCCUGCUGCUGCUCGGCCUCCUGGCGGCCCUGCUCCAGCUGCAGUCGCACCCCGCCAGCGGCUUCGUGCAGCCCAGGGCGGGCCCCGCGGCGGUCUCCAAGAUCGUGCUGCACGCGGCGCCGCAGACGGGAGUCGUGACCAAGUUCGAGAGCGCCAAUGGCGCGGAGGACCCCCUGGGGCCGACCGGGGACGUCGAGGACCAGGUGUAUCAGCCCAACACGUACAUGCUCGAGAAGGACAGAGCAAAAGCCAAGGGCCAGGGCGCCAACGACUUCAGCAUGGUGCUCUACACGGUCGGCCUCUGGGUCGUGAUCAUCACCGCCUGGUUCCUGUACAGGUCCUUCGUCGCCCCUGACGCCCCCUAGGCGCGCGCGCGGCGCCGCCCGCCGGAGCCCUGAGCGCCGUCGGCGGUCGUCGCAGCCGUCGUCCGCCGCCGCCGGCACGCGCAGCGGGGGGUCAGGGCACCAGGUCGUCGGGCUCGGAUUUCACGGCGCGGCCAGUUUGGGUCGGCGGAUUUUUCGGCUCGCGCCCAGGGGGUCACUAUUCGGCCUCGGGCGCGGCUGCAGUUUUCCCGCGCUGCGGAUUCGCAGCCCUUUUGCUGAGGACGCGUCCCUGAGAUUGCCAUCACCUUGGGCUUGCCGAUCUUGAGGGUAGGGAUAAGUUCGAGGCUGGAGGAAGUUGUUCGUCUUCAUCUUGCUCGCUGCUAAACUCGCAUGGCCGCGACAGGACA